CCCCAGGAGUUUCUUUAACUCCUGGAGGGGCAGGACCUGGAUACGCUUCCUCCAGCUUGGUGGGGUGACCCUAGAGCUCCUGAAACCACCAGGGAUAUUGGGGAGUGUCUGGGUCUCUCAGCUGCCGUGCUGGGGGGGUCUCAGGUGUCUUUGACAAGCUUUUCAUAUACCGAGCAUCUCGGUGCUGAGCACUUCAGACCUUUCUGAGGCCCAGAGACCCUGGGCUCUGCAUAUUCAGCAUGCAGGUCUUUGCACUUCCCACCUGCUGCUUGGACGUUGGGAGGAGCAUCCACGUCCAGAUAGGAGCUGAGACGUUUUGAGGAAUGGCAUUAAUCACAGUUGCCAAAGUUGGCCUGCACAUUGAGCCAGCACGUCCACAUAAGUUGCCUUUUGACAGAGCUGUGGCCAUGGCCGCAUAGUAGGACCGGCGUCCCAGACCCUGAGGCCAGAUACUGUAGAAGAAACAAAUGCCUCUAAGUACCAAAAGAGAAGCGCAGAACUUGAGUCAAACUUCAGAUCACUGACUUCUGAAUCUGCAUUGGGAACAUGGCAGUUGUGUCAGAAGGGCCCACACCAGCAUCUCAGAUCAGAAUGAGUGAAGAAGCAUGUCGAACCCGCAGUCAGAAGCGAGCCCUUGAACCCGACCUAACGGAGGAUGAUGUGGAGAGCAAGAAAAUGAAAAUGGAGAGAGGACCAUCAGAGCUAACUGUGGACGGAGACACCAGGGUGAUGCCUGAGCUGGGUACAGGUCCAGCCCAGGGGUUGCUGAGGACAACAGAGGCCAUGGCCACGGGAUCAGGCGAAGGAAUGGUAGGGGACGGGCCUGUGGACAUGCGUACCUCACACAGUGACAUUAAGUCUGAGAAGAGACCCCCCUCACCUGAUGUGAUCGUGCUCUCUGACAGUGAGCAGCCAUCAAGCCCAAGGGUGAAUGGACUGACCACAGCAGCCUUGAAGGACACCAGCACUGAGGCGCUCCUGAAAAGCAGCCCAGAAGAGCGAGAGCGGAUGAUCAAGCAGCUGAAGGAGGAGUUGAGGCUAGAGGAAGCGAAGCUGGUCCUGUUGAAGAAACUGCGACAGAGUCAAAUACAAAAGGAAGCCACGGUGCAGAAGCCUGCAGCUUCCUCGGGGAGUGCCGUGACCACCCCUCCCCCACUCGUGCGGGGUACACAGAACAUUCCUGUUGGCAAGACAUCACUUCAGACCUCCUCUGCUCGAAUGCCCGGCAGCAUCAUCCCACCACCACUGGUCCGAGGUGGGCAGCAGGUGUCUGCCAAACUGGGACCACAGGCCAGUUCCCAAGUAGUCAUGCCGCCGCUGGUCAGGGGGGCCCAGCAGAUUCACAACAUCAGACAGCAUUCCUCCACGGGGCCACCGCCCCUCCUCCUAGCCCCCCGUGCCUCAGUGCCCAGCAUGCAGAUUCAGGGACAGAGGAUCAUCCAACAGGGACUCAUCCGUGUUGCCAAUGUCCCCAAUACCAGUCUACUUGUCAACAUCCCUCAGCCCAGCGCAGCCUCACUGAAGGGGACAACAGUUGCCUCUGCUCAGGCCAGCUCCACCCCCAGCAGUGUGGCCUCUGUGGUGGCAUCUGUUGAGUCUCCAGCCAGCCGACAGGCUGCUGCCAAGCUAGCACUGCGAAAGCAACUGGAGAAGACACUGCUCGAGAUCCCGCCUCCCAAGCCCCCUGCUCCAGAGAUGAACUUCCUGCCCAGUGCUGCCAACAAUGAGUUCAUUUACCUGGUGGGCCUGGAGGAGGUGGUGCAGAACCUGCUGGAGACACAGGCGGGCAGGAUCUCUGCCAGCACGGCUGCUGCUGUGUUAUCCCGGGAGCCCUACAUGUGUGUUCAGUGCAAGACGGACUUCACAUGCCGCUGGCGGGAGAAGGGUGGAACUGUCAUGUGUGAGAACUGCAUGACGUCCAACCAAAAGAAGGCGCUCAAGGUGGAGCACACCAGUCGGCUGAAGGCUGCCUUUGUGAAGGCGCUGCAGCAAGAACAGGAGAUGGAGCAGCGACUGCUGCAGCAGGGCCUGGGUACUGCCAGCACCAAGGCUGAGCCUACAGCCCCGCAUCCCACGCUGAAGCAGGUCAUAAAGCCCCGACGUAAGUUGGCGUUCCGCUCAGGAGAGGCCCGUGACUGGAGUAACGGGGCUGUGCUACAGGCUUCCAGCCAGCUCUCCCGGGGCUCAGCCACAGCACCUCGUGGCGUUCUGCACACAUUCAGCCAGUCACCCAAACUGCAGAAUGCGGCCUCAGCUACGGCCCUGGUAAGCAGGACUGGCAGACACUCCGAGAGAGCCGUGGGCACCAGCAAGGGCACCACCUCCAACUGGAAGAAGACGCCCCUGAGUGCAGGUGGAACCCUUGCCUUCGUCAGCCCAAGCUUGGCAGUGCACAAGACCACCUCGGCUGUGGACCGUCAGCGGGAAUACCUCCUGGACAUGAUCCCUCCACGCUCCAUCCCCCAAUCAGCCACUUGGAAAUAGUGGGAGCCCGGCCCAGCUGAGGACAGGCCCUCUGCUCUCCCGCGGCCCCCUGGUCCAGGACGCGCAGACUACCCUCCUAACAAGUUGCCUGAGACAGCUCAGGCCUUGGCUAUUUAGCCUUGCAGUGGCCGGAAGAGGGUGCCACCUUGGUGCCCAGGAUCAGAACCAGGGACCUCCCCCGUGGGCCUUCUUCUUCCUUUUUGCCUUUAGUUUGCCCGACACCAGCAGAAACUCGGACCUUGGGGCCAGCUCUGCCUGGCCAGCAUGGGUGGGAGCUCACCCUGGACACUGUGACAUGCCCGGGCCAGCUGGCACCGGGGCUCCCGAAGUUGAGCCGGGGUUUUGUUCUCUUUCGGCUUUUCCCAUCUUAGCUCCUCAGUCUCAGCCUCCUCAUGGCCAUCUAUAGGUUGGAGUUUGGGUUUUUGUUUUUUCUUUUUUAAUCACCUCACGAUGAUGAUGGAAUUAAAAGUGAACUGUGUAGA